AUGGCCUUCGUCGAUUAUGAGAAGGCUUUUGACAGUAUCAAACAUUGGGCCCUGUUCCACGCUCUUCAUCGCUGCCACAUCGAUUCCCGCUACGUGGAUGUGCCCCGGGAGCUCUACCGUUCAGCCACUCUGCAGCACCAUUUGUCUCACCUAAGAUUCGCGGACGAUCUCGUGCUAUUUGCAAGUUUCGACGAUCUCCAAAGGAUGCUGGAACAACUUUAUGAUGCUUCUUUGAGAGUUGGCCUAAGGAUGAAUAUGUCCAAGACGGUGGGAAAUGAGAGGCUGGAGAGAGUCGAUCAGUACGUCUGUCUCGGACAUGUUCUAUCCUUUGGCAAAGAGCAUCAGCCUAAAGAGAUCUCAAAAAGAAUCCAGCUGGGAUGGGCUGCGUUUAGCAAGUUAGGUGACAUCCUUAAAUCAGAUCAUUGGAUGAAAAAUCAUCCUGGACAACGAAUGACCAUAUAUGAUUUACCAGAACUUGUUAAAGAAGCUAUUUCUGUCGCUACAAAUAACAUAAUCCAAGGGUUUGCAUCCACAGCCAGCGUUACUGACCAAGCGAAUAAAGAACUCAUCCUUGGUCAAUUUGAUCAGUAA